AUGGCCGAAGCGAGCACUACAGUCCCACUCCCUAUCGUAGCCUGUGACUCGGAGCCUGCAGCUUCAGAGACAUCCACCGUUCCGUCAACGGUCAUACCAUCACUUGUACUGCCAGACGACGGCCCCGUUCCGCUCUCCUUUCCUGCAAUCUUGCGCAACCCAAAGCUCAUAGAUCGAUAUGCCCACCUCCGCGAGCACUCGGUCGCUGCGCCCCCCAAGACCUCUAUUUCUAAAGCACGCCGGGACGAACACGAGGGGAAGCGCUGGAUACGGAGGAGGGAAAAUGCUAAAUUUACGAACAACCCUCAUGUUGUGCCACCCUCGCGCGGUGAUCAUGCGGUACCGGUCCCCUCAAGGCUCUCCACCUUUCCCAUCCCGUUACCACCGUAUCUUCCUCGGUCAAUUGUGCUACCGUCUAGUGUUCCAGGUUCUCGGGAUCCUGCGAGUGCUUCUGCUGGACUGUUUUCCCUCUCGCUGAAGGGUGCCCGACGAGCAUUGAGAGCCAGACCAGGCGCCCGGGACAUAGUAGACGCGAUUGAGGGUCAUUUGUGCGCCUGGCUUGAGGGAGGGACGUAUCCGGGAGAGGAACAGGGCAUUAUUUUUCCGGGGGAGAAAGUGGGAGGGAGGGAGGAUGUACUAGAGGUAAGCAGACGGCCGCUCGAUCUUGUGUGGGUUGUUGGGAAGGAUGGUGCGGAUGGUGCGUUUGAGAGGUAUGUAGUGCAUUGUCUGGCUCGGUGGUAUGGGGUUGUUAGCUUCAGUAAAGAGGUGAACGGCAAACGCCUGACAUAUCUACUGCGACCCCAAGUUACGCAAGUCACAGCCUCAAUAAUCGACACGCCCCCUGCAACAGACAUUUCCCAAGUCGAUACCGAAUCAGAUUUCGUAUCUGACAUUCACACGUCUGACCUGGAGUCCGACUUGACAUCCGACAUGGAACAUGAAGCACACACCGGAGAGCUCUCAGCCAUUUCGGAGGCACCUUCAUCACCCGCAGCAUGGUCUGUAAUCGGUGGAUCAGACUUUGAAUUUGACGAAGGGUUCGCAGCGUCUGUAGAGUCGCUCUCCCUAGAUGCGGAAGCUAAUGAUUUGGAGAGGACCCCACGCGCGGCUGACGUACGAGGGAGUGGCGGUGUAUACGUACGGAAUGCGCGUACCCGAUUUAGUGCGUGGAACGAGCCUCGGAGCGGGUCAUCACCAUCAAGGUCCCCUGCCAGGAGACUGCCGCCUACGCGAAGGGCCAUGAAGCAACAGGGGAAGAAAUCAGGGAGGAAAUCAGGGAAGGGGACGUUUUAUGAUUAUUUAUUUGCCUAA